GCUGUCGGGAAUUGGGGGGAUAAUUCUCGGGAGAAAAAGUACAGACACAGAAAGAAAUUUCCAAGACUUCAUUCUUAUCUUCAUUCUUAUCUUUGUCGCCCGAGCAGAGACACCAGCGAUGAGGAGCCUCCUCCAGCUUCUGGCACUGUGUGCCGCGGCCUCUUUCUGCGUCUGCUACGACUCUCACGAAAGCACAGAAUCCAUCGAAGAUGUGUUUGUCCCCCCAAACCGAGCCAACUCGUUCAUCGCGCCUCAGAGGGGGAGCGUGUACGUCCCGGCCCGGGCCAACGACCACCACUACUACAACUUCAUGAGGAAGGUGAAGUCUCCGGCGGAGAGGCGCGCGGAGACCUGUGAGGACUUCUCCCCCUGCCGCUUCUACGCCUAUCGCCACGGCUUCCAGCAGGCCUUCCAGAGAUACUUCGGCGCCCGCAAUCUGGCCCAGAGACCGGCGGUGCCUCGGCGGUACUAGGCCCAAAGAGGGGUCUCUCCCCCCGCACCACGACUUCUCUACGAUGUGUGUGGUGGUUUCUGUGGCCUCUGGUGGAUGUGAAAUGGAUCCUUAGACCCAUGUAGUAAACACGGGGGCAUCCAGUUGAGGUUUGUUAGGGGCGUGUAGAACCACGCGGGCCCGUCUCUCAUGUAAUCUCAGGAUAACUUUUAUCCACUAUUAUCCCACUUUGUUUUUUUGUGUGUACGAACCGUUUUCACGUUUUCCACCUCUCUAUCCAGCCCACUUUCCACUGCUUUGAAUAAACAAUCAAAUUCCCCGUCAUUGGGGUUUUAUCUUAA